CCUCCUCGACCAUCACCGCCACCACCGAACAGCUUCACUUCCAAUCUUCCCCAGCCCACCCACAUACCACCACACCACCACGCAAAAAUGACCAGCAAAAACGUCGUCUUCGACGUAGUCGGCACCUGCGUCUCUUUCAGCGCCUUCUACGAGACCAUCCAACAAACCCUCGGCCCGCAACUGGCCGCCCACAACCUCACGGCCCAAACCUUGGGCUUCACGUGGAUGACCAACGCGGAGCUGCAGUUCACCUUCUUGUCGAUCUCGGAGAGCUACAAGCCCUACAAGCUGGUGCUCACGGAGCUCUUCUACCAAACGCUCUUCAUGAUCGGCGUCGCCAACCCGACGGCCUUCGCCACCGCGGCCCAGCGCGACGCCUGCGUCGAGGGGUACAGCGCGCUCGCCCUCCGUCCCGGCCUCGCCAAGUGCUUCGCCACGCUCCGCGCCGCGGGUUUUACCGUGUGGUGCCUCACGACGGGGGACACGCAGCGCGUGCGCGGGUACUUCCUGCGCGGCGGGGUCGACAUGCCCGCCGAGAACUUUCUGAGCUGCGAUACGGCCGGCGUGGCGAAGCCGGCGCUCAAGGCGUAUCGGCCGGCGCUGGAGGCGUUGGGGUAUGCUGAGGGGGAAGACAAGCCGUGGUUCGCGGCGGCGCAUCUGUGGGAUGUCGCGGCGGCGACCAAGGCCGGUUUCCGCGGCGCAUACUGUACGGUCUACGAGGGGGAGCCGUGCUAUCGCGUCUUUGAGGCUGGGUUGGAUGUUACGGCGGAUGAUCUGGUCGGGAUGGCGGAAGGGAUUGUUCGGGCGACGGAGGGGAGGGCUGAGUAAGGG